AUGGCCGCUCCGUCUCUGUACCUUCUGCUCCUCUGCUCCCUCGCGUGCCUGGUCCCCUCCUCGCGCUCCCGCACCCUCUUCCUCCCCUUGGCCAAGGACCCUUCCACGCUCCGGUACGUGGCCACCGUCUACCACGGCCCUUCCCUCGACCCGGUCGACCUCGCCGUGGAUCUCGGCGGCCCAUCUCUCUGGCUCGACUGCUCCGCCUCCUCCUCCCCGUCCGCCGUCCGUCCAGUCCCCUGCCGUUCGAUCCAGUGCCUGGCCGCGACGUCCGACGCUUCCGGGCUCCGCCGCGCGUGCGCGAGCGGGGCCUCCGCCGUCUGCGGGCCGUGGCGGUCGAUUCCGUUGACGGGUCCGGGGAGAUCGGUCGCGGCCGUCGACCGGUUCCUGAUCUCCUGCGCGCGCGGGCCGCCGGGAUAUGGAGCGACCGGCGUCAGGGGGACGUUGGGCUUGGGACGGAGUCGGAUUUCGCUGCCGUCGCAGGUGGCGACGGCGUUCGGCGUCCGCCGGAGGUUCUUCGCGUGCCUAUCGGCGUCGGAGGGCGUCAUCGUCGCCGGCGACGGGCCGUUCUUCCCCCGCGUCGACGGCGACAUCUCCAGAUCCCUGACCUACACGCCCCUCGCGACCGCCAAGUGGGCGCGGUCCUCGGACUACCUCAUCAACCUCACCUCCAUCAAGAUCGACGGCAAGCGGCUCUCCCUCGACUCCUCGUCGCCGCCGCACUCGAUCAAGCUCAGCACCGCGAUCCCGUACACCGCCGUGGCCAGCCCGAUCUACCCCGCCUUCGCCGAGGCCUUCGCGGGAGCGGCCUCGGCCAUGGGGAUGGCCAGGGUCCCGCCGGUGGCGCCGUUCGGGGUGUGCUUCGACCCGAGAACCGUCGCCGCGACGGGGGCCGGGCCCGACGCGCCCGCGAUCGAUCUGGUGCUGCAGAGCGAGAUGGUGAGGUGGAGGAUCGGCGGGUCGAACUCGAUGGUGAGGGCGAGCGACGAGGCGACGUGCUUGGGGGUCGUGGACGGCGGCGACGGGCUGAGGAGCACGGUGGUGCUGGGAGGGCACCAGCUGGAGGACGUGCUGCUGGAGUUCGAUUUCGGGGGCUCGAGGCUGGGGUUCGGCCCGCCGCUGUCGGCGAGGCGAUUGGCCUGUUCCGACCUGAGGUCGGAGUUCAAUUCCAUGGCGUUUCCGUCGCUAUAGAUGCAAUCCUUUCAAGAUGAAUUUGGGGUGUACAGAAGUUCUGAUUGGAAGAAGCCAAAGGGACAAGGAACCAAAAUUAGAAAUAGUACUGGAACUACCAUAGCUUUAGUUCUUACAGUUGAGCCAGAAUUGUAUAUAGGGGUAGGGACAUAGCAAGUAUCCGUAUUUUUGUCGGUUUUGAGAUCGGGUAUGCGUAUAUCUUUUUAUUCAAUCGAGUACCUCAAUUUUGUAAGUUUGGAUCGGUCCGAGGUCGUUGGUAAGAUCGUGAAUGGCAAUGCCAAUUUGAUCGCUAA